AUGAAUACAUUCUUCAUGAAGCCUGAAAAAGAUUAUGGACUUGGAAAAGCCCGAACGGAACAAGGAAAGGAUCUGAACUAUCUACGGCUUGUAACGAUCGACGAAGAUUAUCAGAAGCUAAUUCAAACCAUAAAGGAGGCUGUGGAGGCGGGUAGCACGCGCGUGAGAAGGCAAAACCAUCGGCUAACGGAGCAAACUCUACAACUUCUGAGAAGGAGAGCUGCUUUAAAGGCACAAGGAAUACUAGACGAAGAAUACCAUCACAUAUGUGAGCAAGCUAGGAGAAUGAUAGUGGCAGACUAUGAUAACUACAGGACCCGAAAAUUAAGAGAAGCUGUGAAAGCGAACAAGGGGCUGAAAAAGGUAACAAAAGAAGUCCAACUAAAGCAAAAGAUGCCACUAGAAGUCGAAAGUGGCAUGACACGAAUAUGCAAAAGCUUCUUCAACAAACUGUACAGUUCGGUUAUCCCCAUACAAGAAGAACGUUGUACAAUUCAACCGGAGGAAUUCCAACCUGUCCUAACAGAUGAAGUAGAAGCUGCGAUUGCAAAAUUAAAGAACGGAAAAUGCCCUGGAAUAGAUGGAAUAACGGCAGAAAUGCUCAAGGCCGGCGGUACUACUUUAGCAAAAUCGCUUGCUCGAAGAUUCACAGUAUAUGCUCAAGAA